AUGUCUAGUACAUUGGUCUCUCAGUCAGAGGCCCCGUCCGUCGUCGGUAGCAUCAGUGACCUUGACGGCUACACCCUUCGAGACUUCAGUUUUGGAUCUCUACCAGAAGAAGACUUUGGAUUCGAUCCGCCUCAAUUGAAGCCUACACCGCUCAACAACUUCCAGGUCUACAGUCCGCCCAAUGAUCUCACAAUGAGCGAUUGGCCAGAGUUUGGUCGCGAAGACGAGUCGAAGCCCUUCGCAGAUCCCAGUAUGCUGAACCCGGACGCGUACGAGAUUGACAAGUACAUCAACACGAAUGUUCCCACCGGCACCGGAGCGCUUUCCAGAUAUGGCCAAAUGACCCCUCCAAGAUCAAACUCCGCUGCCAGUACCGACUCAGCAUCUGACGGGAAAUUGUCGCCCAAGUCGACAGUCCCUGAGCGUCGCAAGCGGACCAAGACCGCUUCCAAGGAUCUGGAUCCUGCAACAUCCACCUCUACAGCGGCGCCUGCGUCUACUGCCACUACCGCAGAUGGCACGAGCAGCAGCAGCACCACAGUCGGGCGGAAACGAAAAGCUUCUCGAAAAGCUUCAACCUCUGUCAGUGAAGAGGGUGAUUCUGCAGAGGAUCAGAAGAGACGGCAGUCGCUUGAGAAGAACCGACUCGCCGCCGCCAAGUGUCGCAUCAAUAAGAAGGAAAAGACGGAGAAGCUGCAGCGGGAUUCGCACGAAAAGGCCGUUCAGAACGCGUACCUGAAGGAUCAAGUGAUGCGGAUGAAGGAUGAGAUUCAACAGAUGAACUCUAUUCUUCUGGCCCACGCCAGCUGCGAAGGCUGCAAGGCUCCCGAGGAGAUCCACGCCCACCUCAGCAGCCUAGAGAACGACUUCUUCAACCAACAUCUAACCAUGUCGGGGCAGACCUUCGGCGACUAUCCUUCACUGGCCUUCAGCGACCUUCCUGUCAUUCCCGACAACUUCAUGUCCGGUACAUCACAAGAUCAACUACUGAACCCGCCACUACCUGAUUUUGAACGCUCUGCCGAGUUUGACGUAACAACUCCACUGCAGAUACCAGUGCAAGCGGACUGA